AUGGCUGAAAAGCAGAGUCUCCCCGUUGUCCUCUCUAUGGGUGCUUAUCCAUUCAACUUCCUCGAAUGGGUUCUUAUGAUCUUGAUAAUGCUAUUAUGUACUCCUAUUAUUCUCAUCGGCCUUUUGCUAAACUUGUUGGUCCAUCUAAUUCAACGACCGCUAUUCAAUAUGGGUUAUCCUUAUAACCUCAAGCCCGUGAGGCCUUCUCGCGAGGAGUAUGCUGUUGUAACUGGUGCAUCCAAGGGCCUGGGACAUCAAAUCGCUAUGAAGUUGGCUAAGGCAGGUUGGAGCCUCGUGAUCUCUGCUCGUAGCGAGAAGUUGUUGAACGAGUUGAAGGAUACUUUGGUGAAGACCUACGGUCCUGGCUGCAAGGUUAUCGUCGUCGCGUGCGAUCUGUCCUCUGACGAGGGUCUCGCCAAACUCCGUGCUACCGUUGAUGAUCUCCCAGUCACCCUAGCUGUUCUGAAUGCUGGUGGUAUGUAUUCAUGUGAUAUUGUUAACCUUGAGCCGGAGAAGUUGGAAACUCAGAUUCGUCUGAAUGUUGUCCAACAAGUGAUGCUCUCACAGUACUUCAUGGCCCAUCACUUCGUUCCCCGUGGAAAGGGUCGUGUCUGCAUCAUUAGCUCAAUUGUUGCUCAUGCCCUUGGAAGUGCUAACGCCUUCUACUACAGUUCGAAGUGCUUCCUCACUCAGUGGGGUAAAUGCCUCGACCAUGAGUGCCGUACUCUUGGUACCGGUGUUCUGACUAUUCAACCUGGUGCCAUGAAUGAUACUAACUUCAGCGUUGCCGCUGGAUGCAAGGCAUCUCCUUUGUUCACCUUGUUCGACAUGCCCUCUGAGAAGUGCACUGAUGAGGUCGUCUGGAGGCUGCAGAAUGAUGAUCCUCGUGUCGCUACUGGUGUUCACACUAUCGGCUUCAAGAAUCAGUUCCUGGUUGCCUUGGAGUCUUGGCUAAGUGAUAGCUUUGCCGCUUGGGUUGGUAGGAUGGAGAUGCUUCAGCCCAAUACUCCUUAUCUCCGCAGUAUGAGUGCUAGGGAAAGUAAACUCGUACUGCAUUCCCAGUGA